CAACUACACAGCGAAGGCGAAAACUACUAGAACACCAGACAGGGCUUCAUUAUGGGCAGGGUUCAAGUUGGCCAUUCCCACCAGGGCUGGUACGCAGUUCUCUGCUUCUUUGUCAGCUUCGUAUUGUGGUCGUGGGUCCUCAAGGCUUUGGGAGUGAUGUUACCAAUACUACAAGAGCAAUUUGCGACCCAAACCUGGCUGGUCGGCUGGAUGAUAGCAAUCAUUAAUGCGGUCUCAUGCGUUACCGGUCUCCUUGCUACACCACUUGAGGUCAUGCUUGGUACUCGCACGGUGGUGACGGUCAGCGGUUUCAUGCUUGGUGUCUCUAUGAUCAUCGCUUCUUUUUCCACUAGUAUUGUCAUGUUGACAUCAAUACUAGCACUGGCAGCUGGACCUGCUUUAAGUAUCGUCCCUAUACUGACAAGGGCGCUAAUUGGGCGCCGUUUUCCGACAAACUAUGGCAUUGCAGCAGGAAUUGGGGGUUCGGGAGCUCCAAUAGGCCUGAUCACUGCUGGCCCAUUUACCCAACUUUUGCUGGAUACGUAUGGCUGGAGAGGUGCUUUGCUUAUACUUGGAGGGUUCGCCCUGCAUCUUGGGGUGUGUGGCGCCAUCCUGCGUUCAUCGUCGACUGAUGAAACCGAGACGAAUAUCAGCUAUCAGCCGGUGAGCACCGACGCCAAUGAGGAACCUCGAGCUGGUUCAUCAAGUGCUGAGGAGAAAGGCAACUUGAAGCAGUCAUCACGAUCAUAUAAUACCUUCAAAGACGCCCUCAAGGCCAUGGUGAAACACGUUGGAAUCUCGGUUUGUUUCCAGGUCUCAUUUUGGUUCACAGCAGUCAUCUUCAUAUUGGGCCGCUUUGUGGCUGAUCAUUGGAUGAUCUAUUACGUUUCUCAAGCAGAAGCCAAAGGAUUCUCCCCAUACGAGGCUGUGACAUUCACCACAGCCGGAGGGGUCGGCAACGUCGUUUCCAGGAUUGUGUUUGGUUUUAUCGUCGACAGAAAUUUGUUGAAUUUACGACCGGCGUUGGUGCUGAUGAUCGUACUGAGUUCCUCGGCUCUACUGAUAGCUCCCUGGUUAAAUACCUACUGGCUGAUGAUGGCCGGCUCCUUCGUCUUUUGUGCUGGGAUUGGAGCAAUUGCCUUAUUGAAUGAUCUGUACACCAGGGAGCUGCUUGGAACUGAUCUCUUGGUAUGUGCUUUCGCUUGGAUGGAAAUGUUGACGGCCACUUUAGGUUUUAGCCUUGGAUUCUUUCCAGGUUGGAUGUACGACCAGACUGGGAGUUUUGAUUGGGCCUUUUUUAUCCUGGGAUGCAUAUCAGCUCUCUCGCUGUUGGCGCUGUUGAUUGAAUGGGUCUUGGCGAGAUGCAAGUCCCAGCAGACGGCAGGACUUACGCCUAAUUAAAUAUUAGAAUGCUGACGGGUGACAUUAAAAAUUUUAUAGAAAGGAUCGUGCACCAUUUCAUCUGCUUAUUAUAGACGAUAA